AUGCCUUUUUAUUAACUGUGCAGCGGAAAAAUAUGAUAUAGGAGUACUAUAUAGUAGUAAUACUUUUAUAAGUAAAAUAUUAUUAUUAUUGUUAUUGGUCUUCUCCAUGGUUGUUAUCGAUCGAUUUCAAUGGGGAUUCCGUGAAGUUGUACUGUUUACCAGGUUCAGUUUGUCAAAUAUUAGAUCUUCACAUUCACGAUUCAGCUAAGCUUUCAUCAUUUUCAUCUAAGCUCAAUUGUUUUACCCUAUUUGAAUUCAUGAAUCUCCAAGUUCCCUCAAAUGUAUUCCCAGCUGGACGUCAGCAGGAUACAUCUGUUGUUGUUGUUACUCUGGAAUCUAGUGAAGUAUACAUUAUUGUUAGUUUGUCUUCAAGGACGGAUACACAGGUGAUCUAUGUUGAUCCCACAACUGGGAAUCUUCGCUAUAAUGCAAAGACAGGAUAUGAUGUUUUCAAUUCUCAAAAUGAAGCCUUAGAUUAUGUGACGGAUGGUUCAAAAUGGUUUUGCAAGAGUAUAAUCUAUGCUAGAGCUGUGCUAGGCUAUGCUUCUCUUGGGAGCUAUGGUUUACUUCUUGUUGCGACAAAGUUGUCGGCCAGCAUUCCAAAUUUGCCUGGGGGCGGAUGUGUAUAUACUGUAACUGAGACCCAAUGGAUCAAAAUUUCACUUCAAAACCCUCAGCCACUGGGCAGAGGUGAAACAAAGAAUGUUCAAGAAGUGACGGAGCUUGAUAUUGAUGGCAAACAUUAUUUUUGUGAAUCGCGGGACAUUACUAGACCUUUUCCCAGUCGCAUGCCCUUGCAAAAUCCUGAUGAUGAAUUUGUGUGGAACAAAUGGUUUUCAAUGCCCUUCAAAAAGAUAGGACUUCCAGAGCAUUGUGUUGUUCUUCUGCAGGGCUUUGCAGAAUUCCGAAGUUUUGGAAGUCGAGGUCAGAAAGAAGGGGUUGUUGCCCUCACUGCUCGACGUAGUAGGCUCCACCCUGGGACUCGUUAUCUAGCAAGGGGCUUGAAUUCUUGCUAUAGUACAGGCAAUGAAGUUGAGUGUGAGCAGCUUGUAUGGAUUCCCAAGGAGGCUGGUCAAAGUGUUCCUUUCAAUACUUACAUCUGGAGAAGAGGCACUAUUCCUAUGUGGUGGGGUGCGGAGUUGAAGUUGACUGCUGCAGAAGCAGAAAUCUAUGUCUCGAGUGAUCCUUAUAAAGGAAGUGCUCAAUAUUAUCAAAGGUUAACUGAAAGAUAUGAUGCACGAAACCUAGAUAUAGCUGCUAGUGGGAAUCAGCGAAAGAGUGCUUUUGUUCCAGUUAUAUGUGUCAACUUGCUUAGGAGUGGUGAAGGCAAAUCAGAAUCGAUUUUGGUUCAGCAUUUUGAGGAAUCUUUGAAUUAUAUUAGAUCAGUUGGAAAACUACCUUAUACUCGGGUUCAUUUAAUAAACUAUGAUUGGCAUGCCAGUGUGAAAUUGAAAGGAGAACAACAAACAAUAGAAGGGCUAUGGUACCUUCUAAAAGCACCCACAGUUGCUAUUAGCAUCACUGAAGGUGAUUAUCUGCCUUCUCUUCAGCGCAUCAAAGACUGCAAAGGUGAAGUAAUUUAUAGCGAUGACAUUGAUGGAGCAUUCUGCUUAAGAUCACAUCAAAAUGGAGUGAUACGUUUCAAUUGCGCCGAUUCUUUAGAUAGGACCAAUGCUGCUAGUUUCUUUGGUGCCCUCCAGGUUUUUAUGGAACAGUGCAGACGGUUAGGUAUAUCACUUGACAGUGAUUUGGCAUAUGGGUAUCCGCGAUCUAACAACAAUGGCGGGUACACAGCUCCAUUACCCCCUGGCUGGGAGAAACGCAUUGAUGAUGUAACUGGGAAAACAUAUUUUAUUGAUCACAACACGAGGACAACUACUUGGAAUCAUCCCUGUCCAGAUAAACCCUGGAAAAGAUUUGAUAUGACAUUUGAUGAGUUCAAGAGAUCAACAAUUUUAUCACCUGUCUCUCAAUUAGCAGAUCUGUUUUUGCUUGCUGGUGAUAUCCAUGCAACAUUGUAUACUGGAUCCAAAGCUAUGCACAGCCAAAUUCUUAGCAUAUUUAAUGAAGAAGCAGGCAAAUUUAAACAGUUUUCUGCUGCACAGAAUAUGAAAAUUACUCUUCAGAGAAGAUAUAAGAAUGCCGUUGUAGAUAGUUCUCGUCAGAAGCAACUGGAGAUUUUUCUUGGAUUAAGGCUUUUCAAGCAUUUUCCGUCAAUUCCAAUCCAGCCAUUACAUGUCGCUUCUCGUCCCACUGGAUGCUUUCUAAAGCCAAUUGUGAACAUGUUUCCAGUUUCUCAUGGCGGAGCAAGUCUUCUUAGUUUUAAAAGAAAAGCAAUGACAUGGGUUACCCCACAGGCUACUGAUGUAGUUGAACUUUUUAUUUACCUUGGCGAGCCUUGUCAUGUUUGUCAGCUUCUUCUCACUGUUGCACAUGGUUCUGAUGAUUCAACGUUCCCAGCAACAGUUGAUGUCAGGACAGGGCGUUAUCUGGAUGGACUUAAACUUGUUUUGGAGGGAGCUUCUAUACCACAAUGUGCAAAUGGGACAAAUAUUUUGAUUCCAUUGUCGGGAUCAAUUAGAGCUGAGGACAUGGCUAUCACUGGUGCAGGUGCACGCCUUCAUUCCCAAGAUACAUCCACCGUUCCAUUAUUGUAUGAUUUUGAGGAACUUGAAGGAGAAGUGGAUUUUCUUACUCGUGUUGUUGCACUCACGUUUUAUCCUGCUGUGGAUGGUGGAGGCCCUAUAACUCUUGGUGAGAUUGAAAUACUUGGAGCGACUCUUCCAUGGAGGUUCAUAUUGAACCAUGAAGGCUCUGGCACUGGAUUUUCUGAACAAGCAGAAGUCCAUCAUGAUGUUACUAACCCUUUUCUGACUGAGUCCGGGGAAAAUCCUUUCGCUGCUUCUUCAACCACUGGUACACAACCAAACUCGUCUGGUGACUUAUGGGCAGAUCUUUUAACGGGAGAAUGCAGAACUUCAGAUUCUAACAUGCAGCCGGCGACUGAAACUGUCUUCCAUGGGGGAGAUGACUUGCUUGACUUCUUGGAUGAUGCUUUUGUCCAACAACCAAAAGAAGCUAAUGUUGCUUCCAACAGUGCAUCUAAAGGGCCUAUUGACAAUAACACUCAACGCUAUUUAGAUUGUUUCAAACUCCUUGUGGGACCUCAAAUGGAGAGAAAGAUAAAUUACAUGGCAGCUAUGAAACUUGAAAUUGAACGCUUUCGCCUGAACCUGUCUGCUGCUGAAAGGGAUAGGGCAUUAUUGUCAAUUGGUGUUGACCCUGCCAGUAUAAAUCCAAAUCUACUGGUUGACAAAUCUAGCAUGGGAGGAUUAUGCAGGGUAUCAAGUAUCCUUGCUUUGCUUGGACAGGCUUCUCUUGAGGAUAAAACUACUGCAUCCAUUGGUCUUGAAAUUGCCGAUGAUAGCACUAUAGAUUUCUGGAGUAUAGCAGGAAUUGGUGAAAGAUGUUUUGGCGGGGCAUGUCAAGUUCAUUAUGAAGAUGGGCCUGUAUUUAAUGCGCCUUCUGUGUCAUCAACUUCAGCUGCUGCGCAGACCUCAUUUGUGUGUUCUGAAUGUGAGCGAAAGGUUUGUAAAGUUUGCUGUGCAGGGAAAGGAGCUCUUUUACUUGCUAUGUUUAACUCUAAGCAGUCUCCUAGCUACAAUGGUGUGAGCAGCCAGGGGGGAGCAAUCUAUGCAAACUCAGUUGAUUUAUCCUCAAAUCAUUCCAUGACACUUGAUGGUGUCAUUUGUAAAGCCUGCUGCAUUGAUGUUGUGCUUGAGGUUUUAAUCUUGGACUACAUCAGGGUUUUGGUUGGCCAGCGGAGAAAAGCACGAGCAGAUAGUGCUGCUCAAAAAGCUGUAAACCAUGUGACCAGAUUUACUUCGAGGAAUUUUCAGUUGGCACCAACUGCAUUUGGGGAAUUAUUUGAUGGAGAGGAAUCACUUGCUGAGUUUCCUUUUGCAAGCUUUUUGCACCCG